UCUCCUCCCCUUCAGUCCAGGCCCCGCCUCCUCCGCUCUUUCCCAGCGCAGAAGCCUCACUAAGUUCCAGCGCUUGUGUCGCUGCUGCUCGGGGAGGAGACGCGUGGGAACGUACCGGGGGCAGCGGCCUGUUUGUCUGUCGGGACACGCGGGGAUCCAGCUGCUCAGUGACCGCACUCAGGAUACUCCGGAUACUGGAGCCCCGGCUGCCCAUGCUGGUUGCCGAGUAAGAGCCGUACUGGGUAUGGACACCAAUUCCUGCUCUGGGGGGACAACCGUCUUUUGCUUAGAGAGGUUGAAAGUGAAAACGAAAAACUGAGAGGUUGCCCCCGGAGGAGCGCUGAGGCCGCAGAGCCAUGCCUUUCGGGCUGAAGUUACGGAGGACCAAACGUUACAAUGUCUUGAGUAAAAACUGCUUUGUGGUGAGGAUCCGACUGCUGAACAACUCCGAGGUGGAGUAUACGCGCACAGUUGAUAGCACCGGAUUGGAAUGUCUGGAGGCCGUGGCACAAAGGCUGGAGUUGUGUGAGGUGCGUUGUUUUGGGCUGCAGUACAUUGGAAAGAACAACCAGAUGCGAUGGGUGGAACUCGAGAAGUCGCUGAAGAAGCAAUUGGACAAAUUUGCCAACGAGUUUCUUGUUUUCUUUGGUGUCAUGUACUAUGUGCCCAAUGUGUCCUACCUAAAGCAGCCGUCAACCAGGACCCAGUAUUACUUUCAGUUAAGAAAAGAUGUGUACGAAGGGCGUCUGUGUGGUGGUACCGCGGAGCAGUAUAUCCGGCUAGCUGCUCUGGCACUUCAAGUGGAAAUAAAGGAUUUCGACCUGUUGGAUACAUACCACUUUCUCAAAGAUUAUAUGAUAUUUCCUCAGGCAUGGAGCAAAGAUGAAGCUGUGCUGGAAGGACUGUUCCAUAAAGCCGCCCUUGAACACAAAGCUCUCAGUGGCAUGCCGUCAGCCGAGGCCGAGAUCUUGUACUUAAAAGAAGCGGAGCAUAUGGAUGGCUACGGCCAGGAAAGCUUUCAUGUGAAGGACAAUCAUGGCAAUGAUAUAAAUCUUUGUAUUUCCUUCAUGGGGAUCUUUGUAAGAAAUAACUGCCGACAAGCAACUGCCACUUACAGGUGGAAUGACAUCGGGAACAUCAACCACAACAAGUCGGCGAUUGUCCUGGAGCUGAACAGAAAGGAAGAGGUGGCCGUCUUCAGCACAGACGACAUUGAAAACAGUAAAUACAUAUCCCGGCUUUUAGCCGACAGGCACAAGUUUUAUAAAGACAACAAAAUCUGCGCCGAACAGUCGUCGCCUCCACCAGCAGUGAGGCGCCAGCCCAAUUGGAACAGAUCCUCCAUGUCAAGACAGCAUACGAUUCUCCCACCCCGGCACAUUCAUGGAGGGGAGACGUAUAUUUCUGAAGAUGACAUUUUCCACAUGAAUGAAGAUGCAUUUAAUUAUAGGUCCCAGACCAGUUUAGAUCGGUAUGUGGACCCCAAUUUUCUUAAUGGAACAUUACUUAAUGGAAGCGAUUCCAGCGCUCACAGCAUCAACUCCUUGAACCGUUCACAGAAUUUCAUCCAGGCUUCUCCCAUGUCCUCCAGUCUCAGCAUCCAAAGCAACGACAUCAUGAGGGCCGACUAUAUCCCCAGUUACAGACAUAGCGCCAUAAUAGCUCCUUCCUACCGGCCCACACCAGACUAUGAAACUGUCAUGAGGCAAUUGAAUAGAGGGAUUAUUCCCAUGGAUAGCCAGAGUCAGUCACUAAGAAACCUCAACAUUGGAAAUACACACGCUUACAGGCAUCGGGAAAACUUGGUGUACAGUCAGCCUGAAAUUCAGGAGAGGCAUACAUAUGUACCACCUUAUGUGCCUCAGACGGCAUAUACCAACAUGCCUAUCAAUCCCAUUGAACAAAUAAAACCAUCCAAAGUGACAUCCAAUCCAGCUAAAUCUAUUUCCCACACCGUCAGCACACCAGAACUGGCAAAUGUACCGCCUCAGGCUAUUCAGUCUGCAGCCCUUAUGCUUAAGAACUUCUUAUCAAGGCCGCCUCCCCCAUAUCAACCCACACGUCCUGCCAGCAGCACCCCUGAUUUAGCAAGUCAUCCCCAGAAACGUGUCAGCGGUAGCAGCCCCGAUUUAGUGACCAGAAAAGUUCAACAGUCGGUGAAAACAUUCCAAGAGGACAGCUCCCCUGUAGUGCACCAGUCUCUCCAAGAGGUCAGCGAACCCUUAAUGGUGGUUAAACCUCACACGUCGGUGAACAAGUGCCACAGCUUUGAAGUCAUCACAAACAUGGUACGGGGAAUGGAAGCCAUGGCGUUAAAGACAAUGAACGCCCAUCUUCCGCGGAGGAACACACUGCGGGAGCAGGUGCCCACAGAGGAAUCCAUGCAAAAAGCACAGGAGGUUCAGCAGCUCCCAAUGUACCACCAUAAGAAGAACAUUUCAGAUGCCACCAUGUUAAUACUUAGUAGUGAGAGCGAGGACGAAGAAGAACCUCACAAAUCUGUAUCUCCAACAUCUCCCCUCCAAGGAAUGGCUUAUAGUGCCCAGUUACAGGCGGCAUUGGCUCGGAUUCCAAAGAAGCCACCGCCCGAGUACCCAGGUCCUAGGAAAUGUAUUAGCAAUGGGGCACUGAGGCACGAAUCUUCAAAUAUUUCCUCUGCUAUUGCCAGAGCCAAAGCAAUGAGCCAGAGGCCGUGCCAGGCUGCCUGUAGCUCUAGAACAGAACAGGCCGCCAUGAACGGCGGCUCCCUCGGGCCGUCUAUUUCUGAACCCGAUCUCACAAGCGUGAAAGAGAGGAUCAAGAAAGAACCGGUGAAGGAACGGCCUGUGUCUGAGAUGUUUUCCAUUGAGGAUGUGAUUGUUGAACGAGAAAUAAUGAUGAGGAAUUUAGAGAAGCAAGAGAUGGCAGCGCUGGAAGCCCAGAAGAGACCCUUGAUGAUGGCAGCGCUGAAUGGGCUCUCUGUUCCUCGCAUUGCAAGGCCGGAGGACAGGCAGGACGACAUGGCUUUGAUACAAAUGGAUGAGAGGUGCAAGACCUUGAGAUGGAAACUGGAGGAGGGAAUGGUGUUUACUGAAUAUGAGCAAAUUCCAAAGAGAAAGCCGGAUGCAGUUUUCACCACGGCGGUGUUGCCAGAAAAUCUAGAGCGCAACCGUGUUUGCGAGGAUAUUCCAUACGAGGAGAACAGAGUAGAGCUUGUGCCAACCAAAGAAAACCCCACGGGUUACAUCAACGCCUCCCAUAUCAAGGUCACUGUGAGUGGGAAAGACUGGCAUUACAUCGCUACCCAAGGCCCCCUGCCCCAAACCUUUCACGACUUCUGGCAGAUGGUUUGGGAGCAGGGGGUGAAUGUCAUUGCCAUGGUCAACGCCGAUGAGGAGGAGGGAAGAGCAAGGAGUCACCGCUAUUGGCCGAAGCUUGGAAGCAAACACAACUCUGAAACGUACGGAAAGUUCAAAGUCACCACCAACUUCCGUACGGAUUCUGGUUGCUACGCAACCACCGGGUUAAAGGUGAAGCACCUCCUGUCAGGCCAAGAGAGGACAGUGUGGCACCUUCAGUUCACUGAUUGGCCGGACCACGGCUGCCCGGAUGAAAUGCAAGGCUUCUUGUCCUAUCUGGAAGAGAUCCGCUCAGUGCGUCGUCAUGCCAAUCCCAGCAGCCUCUGUAAUCCCCCCAUUGUGGUUCACUGCAGCGCCGGGGUUGGAAGGACGGGGGUGGUGCUGCUGACGGAGCUGAUGAUUCGCUGCCUGGAAAACAACGAGAACAUUGAGAUCCCAGUGAUGCUCCGGCACCUGAGAGAGCAGCGCAUGUUCAUGAUCCAAACCAUCGCUCAGUACAAAUUCGUCUAUCAGGUUCUCAUUCACUUUUUGAAAAGUUCCAGGCUCAUCUGAUAUGAUGGAUGGGAGGGGGAGCUGUGCCCAAUGCCUUUGCAGUAGGACUGAAAACUACCCGGAGACAAUUUUCCUUUUUUAUGAUAGGGCGCCACAAACACACACACAGCUCCUGUCCGUGAGUCUCCUGAAAUUAUUGUAAUUUUUUUUUUUUUUUGUAAAAACAAUAAUUUAUUUUUUCCUGGAUUUUAGUAAUUUAUGUUCGGAUUAACCUGCUCCUUGCUGCCAGCCUUUUUUUUUAAUUUUCAUUUUAAUCACGUGGAUUUUUUUUUUUACAUGACAAGCUCAAGCAAAGUUCCGCUGACGACUUCUGCCUGCUACUAUGCCUUUAAGAAAUAUAUUUCUAUCCAGUAUGUCGGGCAACUCUAGUUCUGUGGCUGAGCUGUGAACGAACGUUAAGAUAUUUGUAUGAGCGGUGCUUCCUGAUGUCAUCGGUCACUUCAUGAGGUCACAUGACGUGAGCAUUUAAAGGGGUGGUUCACCUUCAAGUUAACUUUUAGUAUGUUAUAUAAUGAUAAAUUCUAACACUUUUCAAUUGGUCUUCAUUAUUUAAUUUUUAACGUUUUUU